GCACGCCCUACCGUCGACAUCUCUAUCUCCAUUCCCCACACACCAGACCUAAACCAUAUAACCCAAAUGACCCCCUCACUAACUCACCAUCCCCCUCUCUCUUCUUCCCUUACCACCUCAAUCUCACCACCACACUGGGUUCCCCCCAUAUACACAACUAGCACCACCUCCCCCAUAUUCUCAUAGAGAUCAACGAGAACGAGAAAAUGCCCUCCCUCCUCGAAGACCCCACCACCCACAUCCCCCCACCAACCCCCAACUCAUCCUCCCUCCAACCCAUCUCCCGCACCCUCCGCGACAACACCCGCAUCACUCUCUACCCCAUAACCACGGGGCCCGACUCCCUCCCCUCUUCUCUCCUCCACUACCUACACAGGGAAUUCUCCGAAGAGAUUCUCAAAGGUUGUACCUAUCCCAUGGAAUCCCCCCUCGAGUAUGACCUGUACCGGACGUAUUGGUUUGGGACGUUUGCAGUGGUUGCUGUUGUCGAUGAUGGUGAAGGGGAUGGGUUGAGGGAGGGGAGGGAUUGGGAGAGCGUUUGUCUGGGGACGUUUUAUGUGAAGCCGAAUUACCCGGGACGCUGCUCGCAUGUUUGUAAUGCCGGGUUCUUUACGACUCCCGCGGCCAGGAAUCGUGGUGUUGGGAGGGUUAUGGGGGAGGUUUAUUUGGAGGUGGCGCCGAAACUGGGAUAUAAAUACUCCGUGUUUAACCUCGUCUUUGAGAAUAAUGUUGCUUCGGUCAAGAUCUGGGAGAAUCUGGGAUUUCAGGUUAUUGGUCGUGUGCCGGGUGCUGCGCGUCUGGCAAAUAGUCCUGAUCUCGUUGAUGCGCUUAUCAUUGGGAGAUCCUUGGUAUAA